AUGGCCAGCAGUGCUGAGAAUAAUGCAUCCCUCUCUGUUCAGAAAGUCACACGCUCAGGAAGUUCUCAAGCAAAGAAAUCCCAGCAAGCAGAAGAAGCAAUCUUUUACAUGAACUGCCGAGCAGCUUAUCUAACUGUUUUAAAAAGCAGUUUAGAAAAUAUUAAAUCAAAAGAACAACUCAGUUUAGUACUUCAACAGGCUGGAAGAAAUCCAUCUCAGAAGACAGUUAAUAAAUAUUGGACAUCACAAACGACUACACUGAAUUUUGAUGAUUUUUGUACUAUUUUAAAAAAAGAAAAACCAGCUACAAAAACUGAACUGCUCGAAGCAUUUGGAAAAAUAGACACAGAUAACACUGGAUAUAUUUUACAUGAUGAACUUUAUAAAAUUCUUACAACGAGAGGUGAAAAAAUGACGUGGGAUGAAGUGAGUACCAUUACUAAACAAGCUGAUUUUAACUGCAGUGGCAAACUUGACUACAACAAGUUUUGUGACUUAUACAUGACAACCAGUGAGCAGUGCUGCAAGACUGCACGAGAGAAACUGGAAGUUGAUAGUCGAUUGAGGCAACAGCAGUUUGGAAGUCAAGCUGAAACUUCCUCUGAAGGGAUCACACUGCCAGUGUCAAAACCAUCACCAAGAGUCUCGAGGAGAACUGAUCACAAACUAGCACCAACAAAAGGUGAUAGCAGAACUCCUUCAAGACCCUCAUCAGCGCAAAGUUGCAAAGCAUCCAUUUCUACCACUAUCAGCAUGGGUGCCAGUAGCAACAGAAACACAAAGCUAAUUGAGCCAGACACAAUAAAGGAAUGGCAAUGUGCACAAUCCAAAGGAUGCUUCUACUUAGAAGAAGAUGGUGAAAUCAUUAGUCACAAGUACAAGUUGCACUUACCUCAAAGGUCUACAGUAUGUAUUACCAUCAAGCCUUUAAACGUCCGUCAGGUAGAAGGAAAAUCUUGUCAUUGGUUGUCGGUGGAUACAGCUUUAUAUAUUCUGAAGGAAAACGAAACCCAAGAAAAUCUACAGCUUGUGAGCUUUACUGAACAACAAAACAAAGAGAUGUUUGGAUGGAAAGGGGAGCUUGGAUCAGGCAUUUACUGGCUACUCCCAUUCACAACAGGCUGUAGGUUGAAGAAGGUAAAACCACAAAUUACUGGAGAAGCAAAACUGGUGUAUAGAGGUGAAGAUGGCGAACUGGCUCUGACCAAAGAGUUCCGAGCCGCUUUAUUGGAUAUAUUUGAAACAAUAGAUUUGGAUGGAAAUGGCCUUCUGAGUUUGGAGGAAUACAAUUUCUUUGAACUGAGAACAAGUGGUGAGAAAUGUGAUGAGGAAGCAUGGGCUGUAUGUAAGGAGAAUUUUGAUAUGAAGAAGAAUGAACUAACAAGACAAGGAUUUAUGGAUUUGAAUCUCAUGGAAGCCAAUGACCGUGAAGGGGAUCCUAGUGACCUUUGGGUCACUUUAUUGUCUCUGGGCUACAAUAAAGCAUUAGAAAUGACAGAGGCAUGCCCCUUUGUCAUUGACAUCUAUGCAGAAAAAUGCAAACCCAGAAUUAAAGCCAUGUAUCUAGAGGCAGGGAGCUGGCAACUCAACAGGGCUAUUUGCAAGUCUGUUGUUAAUAAAGGAGAGGCCAAAGUAAUGGAUGGCUGUGAAAACAUAAUCAUCUAUACCUACAAAGCAGGCAGGAGAAUCACUUCUGUUAUUGAAAAUAAGUCUGAAAACAAAGUGAUUAUUCAUGUCAACAAUGAGCAGAGUAAGAACUGCCUAAGUAAUAGGGGACUUGCUGUUUUUGCUGUGGAAGUGGCACCAAAAUCCAUGAUGGUUUCUCAGCAUGUGAUGCCGCUGAACGAGCAGGAAGAAUGGCUUUAUAAUUGUGUGCAUUCCCUCUUACGUUAA